AUGAGCUCGGAGGUCAACCCACUCAAAGAUGUCCAAGCUCUAACAUUCGAUGUCUUUGGCACAGUCGUGGACUGGCACGGUUCUGUCGUCAGUGAAUUAAAGCAACAGGCCGCGAAGUCUGCGUCCAAGGAAGUCAACAGCUAUACAGAAAAGGACUGGUCUGACUUCGCUAAAGAAUGGCGAAUGGGCUAUAGGACAAAGACUUAUGAGAGAGCGAAUGGAGCAAAGGGCUCUUUAAAUGUCGAUAUCAUGCAUCGCGAGAUACUCGAAGAGAUGCUAUCAACUGAACGUUGGUCCGCUUUGAAAACUGCGUGGAAUGAGGCAGACCUAGCGGAGAUUAACCUGGCUUGGCAUCGUCUUGAUGGUUGGCCCGAUAGCUCAAAUGGUCUCGCACAGCUAAAGGGGAAGUUCAUAAUAUCAACACUCACUAAUGGGAACGUUCGACUUAUGGUUGAUAUGGCCAGACACGCGAAGUUGCCGUGGGAUGUCAUCCUCACAGCGGAGCUAUUAGGUUCCUUUAAGCCAAAUCCUAUUACAUACCGAGGAGCCCUGAACCACCUUUCUAUAAAACCAGAACAAUGUGCGAUGGUUGCAGCGCAUUUAUUUGAUCUGCAAGCCGCGGCUAAAGAAGGAAUGCGCACAAUCUACAUACGUCGACCAACUGAGGAUGCUCCCGAAACUAGGCAAUCAAUAAAGGCAAAGAAGGAUGGGGGUGAGGUUGAUGUGGUUGUCGAUAGCUUUGAAGAGCUCGCAUCUGUGCUCGGUUGCAAUAUGUAGUGACGAAGUUGGGUUCUUGGAUGAUGCGACAUGUUGCUCUCUAUGGUCGAACUUGUCUACUUCUACAGUGACGUGGAACACAAAAGGGAUGGAGUAUUGGAAUAAAGGAACAAAUAUAUGGAAUAAAAGCCAAAGAAUUAUAUAGAAUAAAGGGGAAAAGUGGUUGGGAUAUGGGCUGUCAUGUCUGAUUGCCAAUUC